AUGAAGAAAGAAAGAAGAGCAAGUGCAGAAGAUAUUGAUAGCAUUAUGUCAGGUCAGAAUCCAACUGAGCUACACAAAGCAAUUUUAACUCAUGACCAACAAAAACUCAAACAUUUAUUAUAUAAUGGAGAGAAUGUUAACGAAAAGAUGGAGAACGGAGUAAGUUUAUUGCAUCUUGCAAUCUUACUUAGUGACCUUUCAUUGAUAAAAAUCCUUAUUUCCUUUGGGGUUGAUCUCAAUACUUCUGAUUCUCUUGGAAUGAAUGCAUUUCAUUACGCUUGCAGGUUCUCAUCAAUCGAAAUUAUUCAGUUCCUUAUAUCUCAAGGUGUAAAUGUUAGUUCUAUUUCUAAAGAAGGGCGAAAUGCUCUUCAUUAUUGCGCUUUAAGUUCCUCCCUCAGCAACCUUCGCUAUGUAGCUAAUUUAGGUAUUGAUAUCAAUUUGCGCGAUACAUGCGGCUUUACACCUUUACAGCUUCUGAAGUAA